AGCAAUUAUGGUACUCGCUCUGCUGGUGAAUUCAUGGUUGAAGUUAAGUUUGUAAUGCCAACAAGCACUACCAAGGCAAUGACUCACGGUGUUAGUUACAAGAACUUGUUGUUUAAAGGCUCUCCUUCUGUUCCUAGUGGCAACAAUACACUUGUGCAUGUCAAGAUGACUCUUUUGCGAAUUCCGGACAAGGAUACGUUUCUGGCGGAUCUCAAAAGAUCUCUGCGUUAUUACGGUGAAGUGUACCAGGUGAAAGAGUACACUUGCGGGGGGUACUUUGAAGGUGAGCUGUUGGUUAUCCUUGAUAUCUCGGCUGGCUAUAUUGAUGCUUCUGGUGACAAGGUCAAGAAUGAGCCACUCACAACUAAUUUGUACUUGGAAGAAUGGGACUGUUUUGCU